UAUGAAUUGACAACAUCGGUUUAUAAAUUGAAUUCCCUUAUUUUUAUCUUCUUCUCUAGUGAAUUAGAAUAGGAAAUAGAGUUAUUCAUUUAAUGUUUUGAUACGAGCCACACGUGCUUUGAACUCUGAUAGAAGUACCUCAACCCCAGUAAAGAUGGUGGUCAUUAUAGGACUGGAAGGAAGUGCAAAUAAGUGCGGAAUAGGUAUCAUCCGAGAUGGAGAAGUCCUAUCGAAUCCAAGACGGACAUAUAUCACUCCACCUGGACAGGGCUUUAUUCCUCAUGACACGGCUAAACACCAUCAGGCACAUGUAUUGGAAGUACUGCACCAGGCUUUAGCUGAAGCCUCUAUAACUCCUGAAGAAAUAGAUGCUGUUGCUUUUACAAAGGGGCCAGGGAUGGCAGCCCCUCUGAUCAGCAUGGCAGUUGUGGCCAGGACAAUUUCACAGCUGUGGAACAAGCCUCUGGUUGCUGUCAAUCACUGCAUUGGGCAUAUCGAGAUGGGUAGGCUAGUCACAGGAGCUCAGAAUCCAACUGUAUUAUAUGUAAGUGGGGGUAAUACACAGAUUAUUGCAUACCUGGGUCAGAGGUACAGGAUAUUUGGAGAAACAAUUGAUAUGGCAGUUGGCAACUGUCUGGAUAGGUUUGCAAGGAUUUUGAUGCUGUCCAAUGCUCCAAGCCCAGGCUACAAUAUUGAGCAGAUGGCCAAGAAAGGUAAGAAAUACCUGCCACUGCCAUACUGUGUGAAAGGCAUGGACGUCUCUUUCUCUGGCAUUCUCUCAUACUUGGAAGAAAGAGCAGAUAAGCUUCUCAAAACGGGUCAGUACUCCAAGGCAGACCUUUGCUUCUCACUGCAGGAGACAGUGUUUGCCAUGUUGGUGGAGACCACAGAGCGGGCCAUGGCUCACUGUGGCUCACAGGAGGUCCUCAUAUGUGGGGGUGUUGGCUGCAAUGUGCGCUUGCAAGAGAUGAUGGGGAAGAUGUGCGAGGAGCGAGGGGCUAAACUCUUUGCCACCAAUGAAAGCUUUUGCAUUGACAAUGGAGCCAUGAUUGCUCAGGCUGGGUACUGCAUGUUCCAGUCUGGUAUUACUUCUACGUUAGACGACACGUGGGUUACACAGAGAUUUAGAACAGAUGAUGUUCCUGUUGCUUGGAGAGAUUGAGUUAGGAUUGAUGUCUGUUUCUAAUAAUAUUUUAUUAAUGAAGUACAGUUGUGAUAGGCAUUUGGUAUGAAAUACAAAGUAACCAAAAUAUGCCAGACUUGACUUUUUUUCUAUAAUGGGGUGGGAGGGGGGCAAGUUUUAAUUAAAUUAUUUGAACCCUUGUAAAACAAAUUAAAUUUAUAAAUAGAAAA